AGGCGCGAGCGGCGGGGCGGGGCUUUCUGGCCAGUGUGAGGCGGCUGCUGCUGCUGCUGGCGCCGCUCGCCUCUCGGGCUGCCCGAUGGGCAUGGAGGAGGGGUCCGCCUGGUGCGCGCGGGGCGUCGCUUGAAGCGCCGUCCGUUUGCCUCCUCCUCCUCUCCCUCCCCCCCAAUUGUCGCCAUGAGGCGUAGCGAGCGGAGGAGUCAUGGAGGGCCCCCCGGCAAGGCUGCGCUGGAGGAAGCGGCGGCAGAGGCGGAGGAACCGCAGCCUCUGCAGCCCAACGGCGCCCCUAUGCUCCGUGAAGAGGGGUUGCCGGUUCAGGGCGGAGGAGGUCCACGGCCGGUCGCAGCCUCCGCCGCCCCUCAGGGAGACCGGCGCAGCACCGAGUCCGAGGUGUACGACGACGGGACCAACACCUUCUUUUGGGAAGCGCACACUUUGACAGUCCUAUUCAUCCUUACCUGUACCCUGGGAUAUGUGACCCUUCUGGAGGAAACCCCACAGGAUACAGCCUACAACACAAAAAGAGGCAUUGUUGCCAGCAUAUUAGUUUUCUUGUGUUUUGGAGUCACUCAAGCUAAAGAUGGGCCAUUUUCAAGACCUCAUCCAGCCUACUGGAGGUUUUGGUUAUGUGUCAGUGUUGUGUAUGAGCUUUUUCUCAUCUUCAUACUCUUUCAGACUGUUCAUGAUGGAAGACAGUUUAUGAAGUUCAUAGAUCCUAAUUUAGGAGUACCCUUGCCUGAAAGAGACUAUGGCGGAAAUUGCCUUAUAUAUGAUCCAGACAAUAAAACAGAUCCCUUUCACAAUAUUUGGGACAAACUAGAUGGAUUUGUUCCUGCUCAUUUCCUUGGCUGGUAUCUAAAGACACUAAUGAUUCGUGAUUGGUGGAUGUGUAUGAUUAUCAGUGUAAUGUUUGAAUUUCUGGAGUACAGUCUGGAACAUCAGCUUCCAAACUUCAGUGAAUGUUGGUGGGACCAUUGGAUUAUGGAUGUAAUCUUAUGCAAUGGACUUGGCAUUUACUGUGGAAUGAAGACUUUGAGUUGGCUGUCCUUGAAGACAUAUAAAUGGCAAGGACUUUGGAAUAUUCCCACAUAUAAAGGUAAAAUGAAGAGAAUUGCUUUCCAAUUCACACCAUAUAGCUGGGUUAAAUUUGAGUGGAAGCCAGCAUCCAGCCUUCGCAGAUGGCUAGCAGUGUGCGGAAUUAUUUUUAUAUUUUUAUUGGCAGAAUUGAAUACUUUUUACUUGAAAUUUGUCCUGUGGAUGCCUCCAGAACACUACUUGGUCCUGUUGAGACUUGUAUUUUAUGUGAAUGUCGGAGGUGUAGCCAUGAGAGAAAUUUAUGAUUUCAUGGAUGAUCCGAAGUUCCAUAAGAAGUUGGGUCAGCAGGCAUGGCUGGUUGCUGCUAUUACAGCUACAGAGUUCCUUAUUGUAGUAAAAUAUGAUCCCUACACUCUAACAUUGUCACUUCCUUUCUACAUUACUCAGUGCUGGAUCCUGGGAAUCAUUCUUGUGCUUACAUGGACAGUGUGGCGCUUCUUUAUCCGUGAUAUCACUUUACGGUAUAAAGAGAUAAGAAGGCAAAAGCAAGAACAUAAAUACGGAAAGGAAAAGGACAGGUGUUUAAUCAACGGUGAUGGACAUUCUGUACCUGCAGAUGAGCACAGUGGGAAUGGACUACGAGAGAAAAAACUAUGAACUUCAGUAAUGUUCUAAGGGCUAAGAGGGUUAUUUUUUCUUAACUUGCAAGUUUAACCCUCCCUAGUUUUGUAAUUUUCGUUGUUUUCUUUUGUGUGAGACUCCUGUUGAAAAAGGCACCACCUCAUCUCUUUUGAGGAAGGUGUUUACAACUAACAUUACAAGCAGUACUCCUUCUGCAAGGGAACCUCCACUUAAGUGUAUUGUAAAUGUUUGUGUCAUCUUAGAAAGAAGAAGAUUGGGGAGGUUUGAACAUGUGCAAAAGGGAAUCUGGUGGCUCCAGUUCUGGAGAACUUGUCCUGCUCAGAGCAUCAUGAACACUUUUUCUGGAGUACAUAUGUACAGUCUGAAAAGCAGUUUGGUGUCUUCUGCUGAACUGCCUUGAGCUGUGAAUAUAAUAUUCAUGUCCUUCUGAUUUAUUCAUCAGUUAGGACAAUAGGAACAAAAUGAAUGGAGGGAUGCAAUUGAAGCAUGAGAACAAACUGCAUAACUUGCACAGUAUACUAUUGCAACAGCCCUUAGAGGUCUUGGAUCUAGCUGCCUGUAUCUCAAAGUAAAGGUGCAUUACCUUAAAACAGCCUGCAAGUUUUAUACAACUUGUUGAUACUAAAUACCUCUUCAGUUCAUUUUUAUCCCAUUAGGUCAGAAAGUUUAAUGCUUAACUUUGGUGUUUUCUACCCAAAUGAAGUGCAGGCUAAAACAAGUAGAAAAUAGUUCAUCUACCAAAGCUGUGUGCUCAUUGCCUUAUUCUUCUACUAGUGAGCUGCUUUCUGCUCUUGCCUUGCAUCCUGGAUCCCCGUUGUAAAAGGCAGAGCCUGUCAUAUAAUUCUCUAGGUCUGUCUUGUUACUUCUAGAGUUCAAGUUGAACUUAAUACAGUGGGGAUGUUUGCAGGCAGCUGCAGUCGACACAGUUACUAAAUGAGAAAAGGCUACUGCCAACAUCUCACAGAAGCCUCCCAUCCAAGGACACUGGCUGUCUUACUUAUCACUUGCCUUCAAAAACAAAUGGUGUCCAUGUCAUGGACAUCUCUACAGUUACAAUUGUCAUAGGAAUUCACAUUGUAAUCCUAAAUCAGCUAUGGAUUUCCCCUUUAUAUGUUACCCUAAAUUAAUGUUGCAUUAAUUUAAUAUAUGGAUUUUUGGGGAAUUUGUUUUGAAAUAAAGCUGCUGCUGCUUUUUCUUUUUUAAGUGAAAAUAAGCUAAGAGGCUAGCCCUUCUCUUGCCAUCUCUCCCCCAUGAGAUCUCAAAAAUGCUGCUGGUUAAAGCACAAUGGACAGACCUUGGCUUCCUUUCAUAAUGAUACUUGAAUGGCAAAACAAGUCUGCCUUUGCCUUGUUACUACAGUGACACUAAUGUUCUAUGAAAUAAUGGAUACUUUCAUUAGCAGGGGGGAAAGUCCUGUAAAUGAAUCUCUAAGAGCUCAACAAAUGAAGUAAUUUUUUAGCAUAUAAAAUCAGUAAAGGAACUCUGCUCCAUGAUGGUCAAUAUGAGAGAGGUCAUGUGAAGCUUAUUCUUUAAUUUGUGCAUUUUAGUGCUCUUUAGUCACUGAAUGGCUGAUGUUUAAAAUUAGGAGCUAUUUACUAAUUAGUAAUAAGGAAUACUAUGGCUCUAACUAGACACUAACAGACAACCCUAAAAGCAAAUGCUGAGCUGGUACAUAGAACAAGCCUCUCCCCAAAUAUGGAUGCGGUAGGUAUUUGAAGUUGUUCAAGUUCAUUUUGUACCUAUCUCGUGAACUGACUAGAGGUAGUUCCUGUGCUAAUGUGGCCCAGUUUUGCAAGAUGUACCUAGACGUACAGUUUUUGUCUGGUUUUGUACUAGUAAAUUUUGCCCCUCUUGUAAUUUUUGUAUUGUAGCGUCCUUCAUGGUAAUUCUGGUGAUAAGAAGUGCAAUCGAGAGAACCUGAAGGGAAUUUUUUUUUGAGAACCAAUUAUGUAUAAUUUCACUGACAAAAAGGAAAAACCCUUUGUUUUCCCAGUUGAACUUGACCUACUUUCAAAACAUGACUUUUCGUAUUGAUCUUUUUGUUCACUGAAAUGUUAAGUCUUACAUAGUCUGGAUAACUGAACAAAUGUAAUAAAAGGGUGUUUGCUGGUGUA